GAUUGGUCCUCGUUACUUCGGGUAUCUAUGAGUAACGACUACUCGAGUACCGUAUAGUUACUUUUUCAACAUCACUAGCACUGAUAUUUUUGGUAAAUAUUUGACGUUUGAAAAUCCAACCACACUUUAUUCAGCGGUAAGUCGGAGAAGGUGGUUUCAAAACACUUCAAAAAACCUGCUUAUAUUGCGACUUUAUGAUAUGAUGAUACUGUGAUCAAAUUCGUACUGUCUUACGAUUUCAAGUUAACUAUAUUCAUUACACAUUCAACAGAUCAAACAGUGUCUACUUUAAUCUAAAAUGGAUAACGAUCCUCAACAAAUAUUUGAUGACCUUCUGAAGUACUCGAAAGACUCGUCUAAUGGACCUACCGAGUCCUUGAGAUUAUUGGAAUCUUUCAACAGAAUACUGUCUGAAGAACAAAUCGAGCCAGCAUUUAUAGACCUAUGUUUGAUGAGCAUCUUUGAUCAAACAAAAGGACUUCUGCAGUACAUAACUUUAUUGCAUGGGAACAAACAGCUUAAAGAGUGUAUUAAGAAGGCUAUAGAAAUAGUUUCCACAAUAGUAAAUAAUUUCUCAUGUAAAGUUACAGAAACAAAUGCUGUGGACAUCUAUAGUUUGUGUGUUAAAAUCAUCAAAUCAUCUGCAACUGAUGCUAAUAUCAAAGGAAAAAUAAUUACAUUAGCAAGCAUUACUUUAGAAAAGGUCAAUACUUUUCUGGGAAGUAUUAAAGUUACUGAUUCUCUGAGGAACAUGUUGUCAAUAUUAAUAUUGUGUCUACAACAAAGACAGACUUCAUCAACAGUGAUUCAUUCUCAACUAGUAUUUCUUGGACUGUUUUGUAAGAAAUACUCUUUUCUGGUAGAGGAUCCUACAAAAAUCAAACAUACUUUUUGGCGGCAUUUUGAGAUAGAAAUUUCUCAACCUCAGAAAUCAUCAGCUGCUAUUUUAUCAGGGUGUUUUAUUGGUUUUAUGGAUUAUUGUAUAAGCUUUCCACUAGACCUGGCCAAAAAAGAAGAUAAGAACAUAGUCGAAAAACUGUACAAGUCAAUAAAGGAUAGCAUCACCACUAAGGAAAAAAUUAAAGUGGCAAGCAGAGCGGCAAUUAGUUUUUUUGCCAACAAUAUGCAGCUAUUUGAAGAAUACUUAUGUAAAGAUUACAAGGUCCUUCAUGAAGGUGUUUUGAUUUGGUUAUACCACCCUGGGCUGGACGACAAAAAAACAGGAUCUUCUGCACUGAAGGCACUUCAUCAAACACUAGCUGUUAUAAUGGACAGACAGGAUAGUACUGAAGAUUGUAAAGUAACACUCAAAUCGCUCCUGUUUGACUCCCUGAUUCGAAGGACGUCUUUUUUGGCCGUAAUUGACUCUGCACUUCCUGCGCAACGCAGUCGCCAAUUCAUAAAGGAUUAUGUAGGCACAAAUUAUACCGUCUUGCCCGAAAAAAGAUUUGGCUUUGAAUGUGUGAAAUGGAAUUAAACGGAUCAAGUCACUCAAACAGGCCCAUACGAUUAGUCCAUGGGAGAGACUGUAACGCCGAUCAAACCAGAGAGAGACGCGUGUUGAAGAUAUAUCUCAUAAUUCCAAGUUUUAAGGACAAAUGUACGGGGAAAUCUAUGAUGUGUGAAAUACGUCUAAGUACUUUAACGAAUGGGCUAAGGCUACAUUGAAUAAAGAAAAGGUGUCAAAUUACGAAAAACGUCUUGCAAUAUGCGCAUUGAAAUCAUUUUUGAUAGCAUCAUACAAACACUUGGACAGCGAUUAUGUUGCAGCCUUGUUUGUCCAUAUUUUACAAAAUUUCGAACGCAGCUACAUCUUCAGUACAAAUACUGAUAGCGAGGAAUGGGAAUUCUUGCCUGAUUAUAUACAGAUCAUAGCUAACGUUACGAGAUUCAGAACGUUUUCAUCAAGAGAAUUUGUCUGCUUGCAAAGAGCUACUGUCAACAUGCUUAAAUCAUUUCACCAUUUGCCAUAUCAACAUCACAUGCUUGUGGUUGAAGCUGUGUGCACAACUUUGUUAUUUUUGAAAAAUGGAAAGUAUUUUGAGACGUAUUUGGAAAACAUAGUUUAUCAAGGAGUGGUCUGGUCCUGUUCUCAUCAACACAUUUCGAUGGAAGCAUUCGCUAAAGAAACUAAUGAAAAAAUAAUAACCUGCAAAAACUAUUUCCCUCUUUGGCGGGGCGUCUUGAAAAUUACGGAACAUAAUUUUCCUGGACUAAAUAAUACCUUGGAGGACAAAAAAUAUAUUGAGGAAAGGGUUGUCAAUGAAUUAAUUAAAACGUUAAUGAUUUUGAUUAAUAAACUCAACAUCAAGAUGUACAUCAAAGAAGAUUAUGGAAGGAACUCGUCCCUAGAAAAUGUCUAUAGUGUCGAACAUUCCAAUGAUUAUACGAUAUUUCUGAACGUUGUGGACUUAUAUCAAGACAUUUUUGAAAUCAGCAGACCACACCUUUUUCGUAAAUGUAUCAGCAGAAUGGUAGGAGAUUUGAUAAAGAAGUGUUUACAGUACCCACUUGUCAGUGGCUUCUACAGGCUAUUAUCAUUCGCAUUAAAAAUAGGAAUUAAGCUGGAUGUAACAUCUGUAGACUACACAGUGUCUUUAUACCAAUUUCUACCGACUUUGCUCAACAGAAUAACUCAGUUCAAAGACGAACUGUCCAUAUCUUGCCUGCAAGUAUUACUGGCCAUUCCUAUAUCGAUCAUACAAGAAAUGCUUGUCGCAUGUGUGGAUCCUUUCAAAACUAUAUUUGAUAUAGGUAAGAGCUAUUUGCCCCUUGCCGACAUGGGCCUUACCACAUUAGAAUAUUGGCAAGAUCAUAUAGAUGCAAAAAAAUUACAUCCAUUGCUGGUGGAAGUCGUGCCCAGUCUGGAUUCGUUUUUGAGAAGUAAGUCUGUUGAAGAGAAUGUUCAAACAGUAGCUACAAAGAGAAGAAAAACUACACAAACGUUGAUGAAACGACGAGUAGUUGUUGUGUUGGAACCUGAGUUGAUCAAACUACAAAAGAAACUAUUAUGUUUCAUAGGGAGGCAGAAUUUGGAGGUAUCGAGAGCUUUGGUGUUUUCUGAUAAUAUUUACACGUCUUCCGAAAUAUUGGGAGUAAACACGCACCUCAAAUUAGCUCUACCCUGUGAGGAUGUCCAGUUAGAUAUAAUUUAUGAUAAGUUCGCAUCUAGAAUUACCGACUUAGCUUUGCAAUGCAGUGAUCGAAAAAUAAGAGUUAUGGCUUGUGAAUGUUUGCAUGCUCUAAUCAUUGUUCUACUAGGUAGAGCAAAAUCGCUUCCCGAAAAGAGCUUACCAGACCUGAAUGCCAUUUUAAAGCUAUUUGUCUCUAGUGCACUCCAGUUGUCUUGCGAUGUUGAUCAAAUUGUGCAGCAUAUGUUUUCACCAUUAUGCUCCCAGUUGAUCCACUGGUAUACAUCAAGAUCUCAAAUACGCAGCGCCCAUUCUGCUGUCAUAGUUGAGUGUUUAAUGGAUGGUGUAACCCAUUCCUCAAAUGCUGCUUUGAGAGACAAAUGUGGAAAAUACAUAAGCGAGUUCGUAGAAUGGUCUAUAAGACAAUCCAAUGAUUCUAUCAAUGUAAAAGUGUUGGUUAAAAAAACAAGGUUCUUUAGUGCUCAUCCACAUCCUGCAAAAAAAUUAGGAGCAGCUCUGAUUUUCAACAAUAUAUUUAAAGAAAUCCUGAAAGAAGAAUCGCUUAUCAGUAUGUUUUGGAUAGAAAUGUUGCACAUCUUUGUUACGAGCUUAGCUACGUGUGAAGAUUUCGAUGAGACUAAUACCAUUAUCCAGACAAAAAAGGCUCUUCAGAACUUGCUUAAUAUAUUUUUGGGAAAUCCAAACGUUUUCAACGAGGGAGCGAAGCAUCGGGUAGUUCCAGCAGAAAUGGGCACCGGAACAUUACCUGAAAUUGCUACGUGGUUAUUCAAAGAAACGAAUUGCAAAAAUAUUCAUUGUAGACAGAUGUGCAUGACCCUAUACGUAUCAGUUGCUCCUUUGGCUGGUGAUAAUAAGGCUCAUUUGAAUAAACUUGUUGAUAGUUUAAAUGGGGAUCUCUGUAAUCUUUAUGAAUAUCGAUUCAUGAGUUUUUCAGAAACAAAUCAGUCUGAAGAUUGUACCGUACUGAUAAAGUGGAUGAAACUGUUUUUAUGUACUUUGGAUGGUUAUUAUUUUGUCAUAAAGAAUCGACUUGGAAAGAUUUCUUUGCAAAACCGAUUAUUCACAGAAGUUCAGUACUACAUGAAGUAUUUACAAAAUAUUGAUAUAUCAAAAGCCUUGAAAUUAAUUGCACAAAAAGAUUGGAUGGAUACUGCUAUCGAUAAAGAAAAUUUCAGUAGAUUAAAAGGGUAUUGCACUUUAACGAUGUUGAAGCUAUUCAAAGAAAUUUCGAAGGAAGAUUCAUUAUACUGCGAGUCCGAACAUUUAUGGAAUGAAUACUUUAUGGAGUUUUUGAAAAAUAACAUAUUUUUUCCUCAAUUACUGGGUAUCAACCAAAUGAAUCAAGAGGAGCAUCGGAAUAAUGUAAUCGAACUGCUCAAUCAAAUCUCAAGCAGAACAGAAACAGCAAUGAAAUUGGCAGACGUGAUUACUACUUACAUAAAAACAAAUUCAGAUACUACAAUAGACAUUAAAGAGAAUGUUGGCCUGAAGAAAAGGAGUAUUUUAAAAGGAUCGAUAUUGUUAAAGGAGACAUCCUUAAGUCAAAAAGGCUUUAUAAAAACUGAACUGCUUUUAGUAGACGUGAUUGACAAGCUCAUGAACAGUAUGUAUGCAGAAGUUAAAAAUGGUGUCAUAUUUUUGAAUGAGCUUAAAGAUACAGUGUAUGCGUAUUGUUCCUCUCUGUUCGAAUUUGCGCUCAAGAAUCGUGAGGAAUUUGUGAAUUUCGUUAAACAUUUGUACAAGCCAUACUUAGUUCAAAGCAUUGAUUACGCCAAGGAACUGAAUUUUUGUUUAUAUUGUCUCCAAAGAUUUGCUGAAUGUACGAUUCCAGCUAUUCUAGACAACUUUCUACUUUUUCUGGAUACAUGUAUUGAAGAAAAUAAUAUAUCAAUCACAGUUGAACAAUUAAUAUUCAUAUUCAAGCAUAUUCAAAAAGACAGGAAACUGAAACAUCACGGCAGGGCAGUGGUUAGCAGUAUAGGCGCCAAAAGUUUCGCCUUUAUAAGCUACUUCAAGGUAUACGAAAAUAUUGAUUUGGGAUUGGAAUUCAUAAAAAACAUGUUACUUUUAUACCCGGAAGUUGAUAUUGUCUUUACAUACUGGAUAAUCGACUUGACGAAAAGUGGAGAUAGGACUAUGGAAGCGUUUGAUGUACUGAUUCAAGUUCUGAAAGAUCAGUCAGAGUUAAGUGGUAUGGACACGCUGUACACAAACCUGAAGUAUAGAUUUCUGUCACAAUCUCUACAAGCAGAGGGAUAUAUUGACUUCAACAGAAUACUGCUUUUGUUACCAUCGGUCAAAUCCAGCAUGUUGUUGAGAUUCUUUCUUGAGGGAUUCAUGCAAACAAAUGUUGCAGUAGAAAUGGCACAGUUAGUAUCUGGAGUAGCAAAAAACAUAACGGAAGAAUUACAGUUUGACUUCAUGACUCAAAUAUACACUAUGUGCCGGGAUAGCAGUUUUAGCUUUGAAAGAAGGUACAGGCUGGCCAAGGAAGUGAUACCACCAUUUUUUGGAAAUGUUAGUUUGUCUGUUUUCAAAAGAUUCCACAUAGGAAUUAUACCAGAACUAAUCAAGAUGCUAGAUGGCUCAAAUGUUGAGCAAAAAAUAAUCACUUUUAUAAUAAUAGAGGUCAUGGUGACACGUAUGACGAUAGAUGAGAGAGUUGAUGUUGUAAUUAAAGAUUGCCAUGUAACAGAUGUAUUGAAAAAAAUAACGAAAUAUGCUUUAGGGGUGUUCAACGAAAUGACAAACUCUGAAGCAUUGAGAUUACUGAGAUGUCAUGCAUAUAAUGCAACAGCGUCAUUGAUAAGCAAUAUCGACGCAUUGAAAAAAAUUGAAUUUUAUGAGAAGUGCUUCCUACGUCAGCGGGGUUCCAAUGACAUCUUGUGGAGUGGUAUUAUUGAUGUCACGAAAACCUUUAACUUUCCUGUUUUGUUCGAUUCAAUUCCUACACGAAGAACGAUUUUAGUGAGCAUAAGAAGCAGAAAACAAGAAGAUUGUCCAAAUUCGCUGCAGUACAUUGAAUCGCAGAGGCUUUUUAACAGCUCACUUGUCGAAGACGUUUCGAACUUCGAUUUCAGCAAUGCUCUUCUACGUAGCAAUAAGGAGCCUGCUAGUGAAACAAGUCAACGACAAAAAGUGGUUACUCUGGAUGCAGUUGAUAUCAAUAACCAUGAGUGUAUGGCUGUAAUUAUUGGGUUGAUCCAAGAUAUGUACGAUUCGGGUAUAAACGAGUUGCCUAGAGAGGAUGAUACUGUUGUAUUACCUAGGUGGAUGGAUGGUAUUCGAUGGACCUUAGUGAAUAAAGAAACUCACAAAAAUGUUAAGAUGUUCUUAGUGAAAGUAAUAGACAAUAUGAUUCACAUAUUUGAUUAUUAUCCCAAGUGGUUUUUACUACCUUUAAUGCAGUUCAUUGUUGACGAAUGUGCGGGGAGCAAUAUUAAUUAUUUCGUCGCUGACGUGUUGGUUAUCAUUUCAAAAUGGGCGAGUGAUCUUAGAGACCUUCAUGAAGAAGAUCAAGCGGUUGCUUCUCAACUGGUAAAAUUUGUUACAUCAAAUAUUAACACAGAGCGAGAAGAUAUAAUGAAAUACCACCUGGACAUCUUGAAGUUAUUAGUGGAGUCAUGGCGUAAUUUCACUGAAGUUCCUACUGACGUCAUUUCAAAAUUAUUCUAUGAUGACAACACUUGCGUAACUGGUAUACAAAUAGCGACAGUGAUGUUAGCAAAUGGCUUGGAGCCUUGGUGUGGCAACGAAGAGGAAAGAUUUUUUGAAGCACUUCUAAAGAAAUUCAGCUGUUCUAAGCUGUUACGGUUAUAUUCAGAAGCCAUUGGGUUGUUUUUGCAUUUCAUGAAAAAUCGUGACGAUUAUAUACAGAAGGUGUGCAAUAAACUGUCGGAAAUUAUUCGAAACAAUCCCAAGAGCGAUGACUAUUAUGCAUGCCUAGAAGGAAUAGCUGUACACUUCCCACUAAUAUUGGAUGCAGAUCACUGUACUAGGUUGAUAAAUAAACUCAACCAAGUGUCUAUUGCUCGCAGAGCCUCAAAUUUGAAGAUUAUCCACAAAAGGCUGGAAAAAUCCUUAGAUUUACUUUACGAAAUUAAUGAUUUCAAGAUAAUUACUUGGCACCAGUUAUUGGAAGAGCCGAACUUGGAAAUCCAAAUAGUUACGUUCGAAAUUAUCAAAAAGUGUAUCGAACUCUUCAGCAGCUAUGAUCUUUUUGAUGCUGUUAUGAUGACACUUUUGAAAAGUACCAAUAACUCGAAUGCUUUAUACCGUUCAUGCAUUUAUGAUGUUGCUAUCCUACUGUAUGGCUUGAAAAAUAAAUAUUUUGAUCAAAGCAAAGAAAUCCUGGUCCGCGCUCUGGUAGACUCGGAUGUCAACAAUCGCGAAAAGGUACUUAAAUUUUGGGAAGACAACGAGGAUAUACCUAAAAAUGUUAUCAAUAGAUUCUCAUUUCUGCUGUUAGAAAUGUACAAACCUGAGAUUGAACAACAGUUUUUGGGUAUUUUGACUCAUCUGCUACUUAGUUCAUUAACAAGUAACGAAAGCUAUGAUGCUCCUCUUUUCAAAGAUCCACUAGAGCAUUGUGAUUUUGAAGAUUAUAAGCUGAGAACGAAUUGGAGAUUACAACAUCGUUCGGUUGUACCAAUGUUUGCAGAAACGUUGCAAACAGUCUACGAAAACAGCAUGGAUCAGGAUAUGGAUAUGUUAAAAAAAACACAAGGACAUACGUUUACUCAGAGCAUACAAGAGCAACAGCUACAGGAAUUGGUUAGUCUAGAAAGUUCUUUGAGUUUUUCUGAAGGACGCAUUAAAGAUCCUAAUCGUUUAAAUUUGUCGCAAAAGUAUCGACAUAAAAGACGAUUUUUACAAGAUAAGGAAAAAAUAUCCAGGUGGCACGCUCAUCAUGAGACCCAAAAGAAGAUAGAGAAUAUGAAGAAAAUGAUUGAUGAUGCUAAAGAAAGGGAGAAAAAAGUCACAAUUUACAGGAAAUACAGGAAGGGGGAUUUUCCAGAUAUACAGAUAAAGGUGUCAUCCAUGCUUAAGCCAUUGCAAAUGUUAGUUAUGAAUGACACCGAAGUGGCUAAUAUCAUGUUCUCAGAUAUAUUCAAAGGGCUUUUGAAUAAGGUGAAAGACAACCAUGAAUUUUUAAGCUCGGUUUCCAAAGCAAUCGAGCAAAUUUUUCAAACUUCUACUCACAGCAACCGUCACUUAUUUGGUGUAUUGUUGGAUAUAAUCUUGUUAAAUACAUCAAGUAUUCGUUUAGAAUCGUCAGUAGUCACUUUAGCUAGUCAGCAGUGUGGCUUACCAUCUGUAGGAGCGUUGAUUUUAGAGAAGUAUUUAGCUUCUGUUGAUACGGGCCCGAGUGGGAGCAAACGAAGACCAGGGCAGAUGGAUGUUGAAAACAUGUUGUGGCUUAAGCUUGCUGAGUUGUACAGAGAUUUGGAAGAGUGGGAUACCGUACAGUCAAUAUUCAUAGAGAAGGUGGACUGUGGUAAAGUCAAAAUGGCAAUACAGCUGGAGUCAGAGUCAAAGUUCAGAGAAGCGCAGGAUAUAUAUCACCAAAUAAUAGCGGAGUCUUCAGAAGAUUGGAAUGAUUUCUAUUGGGAAUCGUAUCUAAGAUGUUUUGCCGCUUUGGGCGAGUGGGAGAAACUCCCUGAGGCUAUCAACCUCGCAUUAGAAGACGAAAACACUUGGCGGGGUCUUUGGGAUGACAAACGUUGUCAAAGGAAAUUAUUACCUUGGUAUGUUGAUGCACACUUGAAAAAGGGGUUGUUUUCAGGCAACUUCGAUGGAGAAUUUUUGAGCAACAUAAAUGAAGGUCUUACAGACCCAGAAAAAAAUGAUCACUUGAAGAUACGUUAUUGCGAGGAACUUUGUAUAAUGUGGUUGAUGAAAAGAGAUAUACCUACCGCUAAAAUCUAUUUGGAAAACUAUUACCAACACUUCCUGGAAGAGUGGCAACAUAUGAAUCCAAUUUUUCAAUUGCCCAGAUAUAUGAAGUUAUUGAACCUGAGGAAUAUAGUUGAAUCAGGAGAAUUCAUGAAUUUGUAUAAUGAUGUCUCAGAUGCAGUAGAAGAAACAUUGGAGAAAUUCAUUACUAGGUUGCAGCGAUCUACUGAGAGGUUACCUACUAUGGUAUUAAACGAGAACAGAUUUUUGUACGAAUCACUGUACCUCCAAAUAUUAAACGAAAAGAUACAGACAUUACAAGAGUUGGACAAGUCUAAAUGGAGCAGAUCCAUCCAAGAAUUGAAAAUGAACAUGAGGUUUGAUCUAAUACUAUCAGCAAUAUCCUUUAACAUGUAUUUUGUUGCGAGAAAAUAUUUCACAGACUACGGAAAUAAAUUGCCAAAUGUUUCUAAAACAUCGAUAUUAUUUGGAGAUAUAUUGUAUUUGAAAGGAAAUUUGACUACUGGUGAUAAAAAGAUAUCGAGCUUUUUGGAAGCUAAAGGAAGCUAUGAAAGGUGCCUUCAGACCCACGAUAAUUUCACCAAAUUAUCAGUGGCAUCCAAAUUGUUUGAAGUAUGCUCAUCUAUAUCGAAUGAAUUAUCAUCAAAUGUUGAAUUAUUCACGAGACAUUUGGAAACGUUGAAUAUCAAGUUCAAAACAUCAUUCGAAAAACCACAAGAUGUGUUACUCUAUGGAUUUCAGUGUUUGAAAUCUGUUGUUGAAAAAGUUGAUAUAGUGAGUGAUAGCGUGGAUGUUGAUAAGUACGAAAAAUGUGUUGCCAAAGCUUAUAUGGUAUUAGCCUAUUACGCGCGUGAAAAUACAUCGCGCGAAAAAGAACUGAUCCAGUUUGUAUUGGAAGCCAUGAAGCUGAAUUCUGUGGAGGCUAGGCAGUUUUUCCCUUGCAUAUUGAUGAUUGAUGCCCUUGGUGCUGUCUAUCGAGAUGAUUUUGUUAAUCUGGCAAAGGAGAUACCGACUUGGAUGUUUCUUGGAUGGAUUCCGCAAAUCCUAGCAAAUAUGGACUCUUCAAAAAUAUUUGCACUGUCCGAUAUCAUCAUAAGAAUCGCUGAGACUUAUCCACAAGCUAUAAUAUACCCAUACCGAUUGAGCAGAGAAACAAAUAUAGUGGAGAAUGAUGGAUUGGAAACAGAUAAAAGGAUUUACGUUAAAUCAAGGUUGGACGAAUUACUUUUAAAAAAUGAAGUUGUCAACUGUUUUCUGAAAGCUCUUUCGUACGUCUGUCUUCCUAUAAUGGUUCUGAGAUAUUACAUCGGCAAAAUCAAGAAGGCGACUUCUAUAGAAGAUAUUAAAUCCAUUCAAAAUACUGUCAUAGAAGAAGUAUUCAAUAAAGAACAUGAUUCUACACCAUCCAAUUUGCAAGGGGAAGUAUAUAGAAAAAUUGAACAGUAUCGACCACAUUUUGAGAAACUAACAGAUGAGACACUUCCAAAAAUCAAAGACUCAUUCCAGAGAUUGGAUCAAACGCUGAUCGGUGUCAUACGUGACAAUAAUCCAUUGAGACUUAAAGAAUUUAGUCCUUGGCUGGCUGAAUUUUCUGGCGAGAGAUUGAAUGUUGAAUUUGAAAUACCUGGACAGUACGAUGGGCAAUCGAAACCUUUACCCCAGUAUCAUGUCAAAAUUUCAGGGUUUAGUCCAGAGAUUACCAUUAUGAAAUCAGUCAAAAAACCUAUUAGAUUAACUAUUCUUGGAAUGGACACAAAGGAGUACCCAUUUUUAAUAAAGUUUGGUGAAGACAUACGACAAGAUCAACGAAUUGAGCAGCUAUUUGGCCUUAUGAAUCACAUUUUUUCUGUGGACAUAACUUGUAGCAGCAGAAGGUUCGAAAUUAUGACGUACCAGGUUAUUCCUUUGACAACAUCGUUAGGAAUGAUUCAGUGGAAAAGCAAUACAGAAUCUUUGGAUGCGUUUAUGGCAAAGUCCGCGCAAAGGACAUUUCAAAAUGACGUUCAAAAGUCGAAAAAUGACUAUCACGAGUGGAUUGUGCGAAGAAAUCGAAAUGUGUCAGAUGCAUACGGAAAAGCAGCUAAAGAAUACCCCGCAGAUAAAGUUGUCCCUAAAUUUAGAGAGUUGGUUAAUCGAUUUCCAAAAUAUGUACUUAGACAAGCUUUGUGGAACCUAAGCAUAAACACAGAAAACUUCAUAGCUCUGAGGAACAACUUUAUAAAAUCCUACGCCACCAUCUGCAUCUGUCACUGGAUACUAGGAAUUGGCGACCGCCAUCUUGGCAACUCUAAAAUAUGCUUGAGUAGCGGAAAAGUACUCGGCAUUGAUUUUGGUCUAGCAUUUGGUACAGCAACUCAGAUACAAGCUAUACCAGAAUUGGUACCGAUGCGACUCACUCCUCGUAUUAUAUCCAUUAUGGAACCCUUUGGUGAAAGAGGACAGUUCAAAGCAUACAUGAUUCACUGUCUUCGAGCAUUGAGGGACAAUUAUAGGAUUCUUCUGGCAACAAUGAAUGUCUUCAUACAGGAGCCAUCAGUUGACUGGUUGGAACACUCUUGCUCGUUUGAUGAUGGAAAUGUUGCACAGGAAGCCACAUGGUUCCCCCAGGUUAAAAUAGAGCAGGCUCGUCGAAAACUCUUAGGGGAAGCAUCAACCAGAAUAACUAUCGAGGAAAUAGAAGCUAAUAGUGCGUUGAAGUACAAAGAAGCUUACAUAAACCUGGUAAAAAGUGUUAGGACAGUAGCGAACGUUGAAGAAAAGAACCACUUAACAGUAGAAGAACAGAUAGAUUGUUUACUGGAUCAGUCAACGGAUUAUAAUUUGUUAGGUCGAAUGUGGACAGGCUGGACACCGUGGAUAUAAGAACAAGUAUUUUUAUAUUUUAUAUGCACCUAUUUGUCUACAUAUUUCUUACAUAUUUUAUGAUGCUUUUUAAAAUUAAAAUUAUGUAUCAAUGUGAGAAUUUAUUAAGAAUAAAAAUAUAUUUUUCUACCACAAUA